AUGGCUGACAUCAUAUUUUUUAUUAUCUUUUCCUUUUACCGCUCUGAAUCAUAUCAUCUCUCUACCCUUAUUUUUCUUUCGCUAGUUCAUUGCUUUCCGCCAGAUUUUCUCUCCCCACCAAAGCCUCAACCUUUAAACACCUACGUCUUUCGUGCUAUCAUUUUUUUUCUUUUUUUUUCUUUCCCUCUUUCAUAUUAUCAUUUUCUUUUAUUUCUUUCCCUCCAUUGUACUAUCAUUUUUUUUUUCUUUUCCUCCUUCGUAGUAGCAUUUUCUUUUUUUUCCCUUCGUAUUAUCAUUUCCUAUUUUUUCUUUCCCGCCUUCGAAUUCUCAUUUUCUUUUUUCUUUCCUCCCUUCGUAUUAUCAUUUUCUUUUUUUACCCCAUUACUAUCAUUUUCUUUUCUUUUUCUUUCCCGACUCCGUUCAAUCAUUUUUCUUUUUUCUUCCCCUCUUUCUUACUAUCAUUUUUUUUUCUUUUUCCUCCUACGUACUAUCAUGUUCUUUUUCUUUUUCCUUCUUUCGUACUAUAAUUUCCUUCUUUUUUUUUCCCUCUUCUUUCGUACUAUCAUUUUUCUUUUUUCCUGUCCCUCCUUCCUACAACUAUUUUCUUCUUUCUUUUUCUUUUUCUCCUGCUUUUACUUAUUUUUUGCCACUUUCUUAUUACCUCUCUUAACAAAGUGCUUUUUUUUCUGUCAUUCAUUGAUUUUGUUACUCCUUCCCUCCUGGUGUUCAGAAUAUAAUUUCAUUCAUUUCUUUCUUCUUAUUUUGUUUUUCAUUUUAAUCUCCGUUUUUCUUCCUCUUUCCUUGUCGUUCAGUUCUUUUUUGGUUUUAAUUUGUUUCAUUUAUUAUGCUUCAUCAUCUCAUAUUUACUUAAAUUUAUCACAUCUUUUCUUUUUCGUUCUUUCAAUUCUCCUUCCGCAUUAA